AUGAAUAUGUACACCCCGUCAUUGGUAUGCUUCAUCCUCUUACUCGCCAAAGGACAAGUCUUAGGUUAUGACUGCAACGAGAACAUCCCUAAGAAUCGCCAACAAGUGUUGUUGGAAGCAAUAGACCUUAGGCGCGAACCCAUUCCAUAUAUAGCAAACCUUCCGAACCUAACGUAUAGUUGUGCGCUUGCAACAGAAGCCUUCACGGGAAUUAGCAGUAUACUAGGACUGCCCCAUGACGGAUUCACAAUAACAAGCCCAUUCACGACUUGGGAUGAAUCGUUGAAGACUGCCGUUGCAAAUGUACCAUACAAGGAUCUGUGGUAUCCCAGAGCUACACAAGUUGGAUGUGCAGUUGAGCUGCAAACUGGGGGAAACGACUCACCCUAUGUAGUUCUAAAAUGUAAAUUCAAUACGUUCCGGGAUAAUAUGAACUACAAAUACAUGUAG